UGGGAACACGCCCACAAAGAAACGAAGAGGCAAAGUUGCAAUGAAGACCCAACAAUCCAGUUGCUGAAACCGAAUCCCCUGGGCAGGUCCCUUCUGUUCUGCAAUGGCGGAGGCAACACCAGCAGUCCCAACCAAGAACAGAUAUGCAGUUGUUACAGGGUCAAACAAAGGAAUAGGGUUUGAAAUAUGUAGGCAGUUGGCUUGUAAUGGGGUCCUGGUGGUUUUAACAGCCAGAGACGAGAAGAAGGGACUUGAGGCUGUUGAGAAACUCAAAGGGUGUGGCCUUUCUGAUUAUGUCUUCUUCCAUCAGCUUGAUGUGGUGGACCCAUCUAGUAUUGCUUCCCUUGUUGAUUUCAUCAAGACCAAAUUUGGAAGACUUGAUAUUUUGGUGAACAAUGCUGGGAUUGCGGGACACAUCAUGGACUGGGAAGUUUUCCAGUCAGUGAUGGCUAAGGGAGGAGCACUGACCCAUGACAACUUGGCCGGAGCGAUGACUCAGACUUAUGAGAUGGCUGAAGAGUGCUUGCAAACAAACUACUAUGGUGCAAAGAGGAUGAUCGAAGCAUUUAUCCCCCUCCUGAAGCUAUCUGUUUCGCCGAGAAUCGUCAAUGUUUCUUCUGGAUUAGGGCAGUUACAGGAGAUACCAGGCGAGUGGGUUAGAACAGUGUUGAAUGAUGUGGAAAGCCUUACAGAAGAGAGGAUAGACGAGCUGAUAAAUGAUGAGUUCCUGCAAGAUUUCAAAGCAGGAUUACUGAAGACUAAAGGCUGGCCUGUCGUCUUCUCGGCCUACAAAAUGUCCAAAGCUACAAUGAACGCCUACACGAGAAUCCUCGCGAAGAAGAACCCGGGUUUUCUGAUCAACUGCGUCUGCCCUGGUUAUGUUAAAACCGAGAUUAACGGAAAUACUGGCCAUCGGAGUGUAGAAGAAGGUGCUGAAUGUCCGGUGAAGCUCGCCCUUCUACCCGAUGAUGGCCCCACUGGCCUUUUCUUCUCCAUGGGUGAAGUCUCAUCCUUUUGUCCCUUCUGUUCAGCAAUGGCGGAGGCAACACCAGCAGUCCCAAACAAGAAUAGAUAUGCAGUUGUUACAGGGUCAAACAAAGGAAUAGGGUUUGAAAUAUGUAGGCAGUUGGCUUGUAAUGGGGUCCUGGUGGUUUUAACAGCCAGAGAUGAGAAGAAGGGACUUGAGGCUCUAGAGAAACUCAAAGGGUGUGGCCUUUCUGAUCAUGUCCUCUUCCAUCAGCUUGAUGUGGUGGAACCAUCUAGUAUUGCUUGCCUUGUUGAUUUCAUCAAGACCAAAUUUGGAAGACUUGAUAUUUUGGUGAACAAUGCUGGGAUUGGGGGACUCAUCAUGGACUGGGAAGUUUUCCGGUCAACAAUGGCUAAGGGAGGACCUCAGGCACUGACCCAUGAAAACUUGGGCGGAGCGAUGACUCAGACUUAUGACAUGGCUGAAGAGUGCUUGCAAACAAACUACUACGGUGCAAAGAGGAUGAUCGAAGCAUUUAUCCCCGUCUUGAAGCUAUCUGGUUCGCCGAGGAUCGUCAAUGUUUCUUCUACAGGAGGGCUGUUACAGAACAUACCAGGCGAGUGGGUUAGAGCAGUGUUAAAUGAUGUGGAAAGCCUUACAGAAGAGAAGAUUGAUGAGUUGAUAAAUGAUGAGUUCCUGAGAGAUUUCAAAGCAGGAUCACUGGAGACCAGAGGCUGGCCGGUCGUCCUAUCGGCCUACACAAUGUCGAAAGCUGCCAUGAACGCCUACACGAGAAUCCUUGCGAAGAAGAACCCGGGUUUUUUAAUCAAUUGCGUCUGCCCCGGUUACGUCAAAACUGACAUUAACGAAAAUACGGGCCACCGGAGUGUAGAAGAAGGUGCUGAAUGUCCGGUGAAGCUUGCCCUCCUGCCCGAUGAUGGCCCUACUGGCCUUUUCUUCUCCAUGGGUGAAGUCUCAUCCUUUUAAAGAUGAGAUUAUGACAAUGGUAUCCAUCAUUCAGUCAUCUUUAGCGGGCUGAUCGGGUGGGCAACCCGUAAUGUCCCUUAAAUAAAAUGUUUCCCCAAUUACUUGUGCCUGCGAUGAGAUUCUAUAAUAAGUGUUAGUGUAUUGAUACUUUAUUUAUUAACGCAUGUGUUAUAUAUAGGGUUGGAAUUGAACUAAAUUAAGAGAUUUAUUGAGUUCAGUCUUGAUUUGUGAA